CAUUUUCAGUGAUAAGAUUGAAAUUUAAAAAAUGGACUUGUUCAAUUUGAUUGCAAUUUUGACUUCUGUCGUCUAUUGUGUCGAAAGUGUCGGGUUUCGUGGGUUUUUCUAUGAGGGUAUGAAAGAACCAGAAUCAUCAGAGUGGAAAAAAAAUAAUUUAGUAAAACAUAGAUGGAUAACUCAAUCAGUGGAUCAUUUUCAUAUUCAAGAUAAUCGAACUUGGAAAAUGCGCUUCUUGGAAAACGAUGAAUACUUUAACGGGACUGGACCAAUUUUAAUAAUGCUGGGUGGUGAGUGGAAAAUAAAUGAAGGAUUUCUAAAUGCUGGAUUAAUGCACAAAAUUGGAGAUGAACAUGGAGCGCUCAUGUAUUACACAGAGCAUCGUUAUUAUGGCGACAGUAAGCCUUUUGAAGAUACUAGUACGGAAAAUCUUAAAUAUUUAAACGCGGAUCAGGCAUUAGCGGAUGUAGCAUAUUUUAUAGAAUUUAUAAAGAAAGAAAGGAAUCUUAACAACACGAUGGUUACUGUUUUUGGGGGAUCUUAUGCUGGAAAUAUGGCAGUUUGGAUGCGACUGAAAUAUCCCCAUUUGGUCCAGGGUGCGCUAGCCAGCAGUGCUCCCGUAUAUGCAAAAGCAGACUUUCCUGAAUAUUUGGAAGUUGUUACUGCAUCCUUAAAAAGGCAUAGUGUGGAAUGUGUAACCGAAAUCGAAAAGGCCAUUGUGUCAGUGCAAGAAAUGGUUCAUACAGAAGUAGGAAGAAGCACGAUCAAAGAUGAAUUUAAUCUUUGCCAUGCUCUAGACACGACGAAUCUCAGUGGAUUAGGUACUUUUUUCAGUCUUCUAACAGAGACAUUCUCAAGUGUGGUACAAUAUAACAGAAUCAAAAAUGGAACAUCCAGUAUCGCCGAAAUAUGUAAAACAAUGACCAAUAAUAGUAUAGGAUGUCCUAUUCAGCGAUUGGCAAAAGUUACUAAUAAUAAUGGGGAAUGUGUCAACAUAGAUUAUAGUGUCAUACUGGAUGCACUCGGAAAUACAUCUUGGGUUGCAAAUUCCGACAGUAUGAGGCAAUGGAUAUUUCAAACGUGUACCGAGUACGGUUAUUACCAAACAACAGAUCCUGAAAAAUCAAUUUUUGGUUCAAUUUUAACUAUUGAAUAUUUCAAUCAACUCUGCGGAGAUGUAUUCGGAGAAGGAUAUGAUAAAAUCUUACUGGAUAAGGGAGUAAGAAGGACGAAUGUCAUGUAUGGGGGAAAAUUGCCUGACGUAAAAAAUGUUCUUUUCGUCAAUGGUAACAUAGAUCCCUGGCACGCACUUUCCGUUUUGAACGAUCUGAACGAAUCCUCCCCCUCAAUUCUUAUAGAUGGCUCUUCUCAUUGCAUGGACCUUCAAAAUGAUAAUCCUAAUGACGUUCCAGAACUAACAAAAGCAAGAAUCAAAAUAAGAAACAUUAUUGGCCAAUGGGUAAAAUCCUGGAGGGAAAUCUCAAAUGAAGUUUUAAUUUAAAAAAGAAAAAUAAAUAAAAGUGUCAAGUCAUUA